AUGGCAGUUGCAGUUUCAGAAAUAAUUUGGUUGUUGGGAGUGCUGAAGGAAUUAAAUGUGCAUAUGGUUACUCCAGUAACAUUGUAUUGUGAUAAUAAGGCUGCUAUCCAGAUUGUGGCUAAUUCUAUCUUCCAUGAAAGGACCAAAUACAUUGAAAUUGAUUGCCAUGUUGUGAGGGAAAGAAUUAAAAGUGGAUUGGUACACACAGAGUAUAUCAGUACCAAGGAACAGCUUGUAGACCUUCUCACAAAGGGAUUAGGAAGUACACAACAUCAUGCAUUGUUAGACAAGCUUGGAGAAAAGAAAGAGAAACAAAUCAAGCACAAAAUCCCUUCAGGAAGGAAAAGAGAUGAUUUGCUGAUUAAGCCAAGAACACAACACCCUAAGAAAAGAAAGGUAAUAUUUGUUCAAUCAAUCAAGGGAAACAGUUUGCAGAAAUCAAAGGAUACACUCAAGGAAACAAGAUCAGCCAAGGAAGAAAAUAUCCUCUUAAUCAACCUAGCAGGACAAUACGCACCAAUCAAGGGACACAAUCAAGGAAGUAAGAUCAGCCAGAAUCCAAGGGAAAUCAAAGGAUGA